CCCUUCUUCUCCAAGCCCUAGUCUUCAUCGGCUGAACGUUUUCAUUCACUGAGUAGCCGAUCGCAGCCUUCUAGCGCCGUUGACUAGAUUUGUUAAGAUGUUUACGGCCCUGAAAAAGAUCCACAAGGAUAAGGAUGUCGAACCUUCCGAGUUCGAAGAGACUGUUGCGCAGGCGCUCUUUGAUUUGGAAAACACCAAUUCGGAGCUGAAAAGUGACCUUAAGGAUCUUUACAUUAAUUCCGCUCUUCAAGUUGAUGUUGCUGGAAACAAGAAGGCCGUUGUUAUCUAUGUUCCCUUUAGAUUGAGGAAGGCAUUCCGCAAGAUUCAGUUGAGGCUUGUCCGUGAGCUUGAGAAGAAGUUCAGUGGAAAGGAUGUGAUUCUGGUUGCUAACCGAAGAAUCCUGAGACCUCCAAAGAAAGGGUCAGCAGCUCAAAGGCCUCGCACACGAACUCUUACUUCUGUGCAUGAAGCAAUGCUAGAAGAUAUCGUUUUGCCUGCAGAAAUUGUUGGAAAACGAACCAGAUACAGGGUUGAUGGAUCAAAAAUCAUGAAGGUUUUCUUGGACCCGAAAGAGCAGAACAACACCGAGUACAAGUUGGAGAGUUUCGCUGCAGUUUACAGGAAGCUUUCUGGCAAAGACGUUGCCUUUGAGUUCCCGAUUACUGAGGCAUAACAUCCUUAUGCAAUGUGAUUCCGUUUAGAUGCUUUUAGUUGAAAGUCAUUCAAAUUUUUGAUGUUGAGAACGUUGAGUGAUGUCUUAGAUUCUGUUUUUUUUAUAAGAUUUUUGAUUUGACGAAAUGAAUUGAUUAAUAGAUUCUGUUAUUUAAGUAUU